CCAUCCAUCCAUCCAUCCAUCUAUACAUACAUACAUACCAAUGUAUGAAAUACUGUAUAUCUGGCUUACUACCAGUUAAUUAAUUCAUUUGCCUGGCUUACUUAUCUAAGCUUUCUGACUGAAUAUAAGCUAACAAAACUCUAGAAGGAGCAUUGACAGCCAUGUUUCUUAUGGCACGGGUACAGUUUUUAUAUUUAUUCUCUGUAAUACUGUAAUUUAAAAAAUCUCAUCAAUGUGUGGACUAUGUUCUUCAAAUUUUCCAUACAGAAAGAUGUUAAUGUGAAUGAGCAAACCGAUAAUGACAUUUCAAACAGGCAUUUGGAGGGAAAUAUUCAGUGUUACAACUGUGGCCUACUCCAUUAAUACUACUGUACUUUGGAACUUAGGUUAUAAAUGGGUGUGCGUUGUUAAUUAUCUCAUUUAUGACUAUUGUAAAUAAAAUGGAAAGUUGCAAAAAACGAGCACAAAGAUUAUAUUGGGUUGUUGUGGUUGUGUAAGGCUUAUUUUUAUUUUAUUUUUUUUUUUUACUGUUUACAAGAGACACUUCAGGAGCAAAACUGUAGGCCUAUAAGUAUAGUAACAUGAGAACUAAGCGCCACAUUCGUAAAUUCACAUUUAACAACCAGAAAAAGAAUCGCUGAAUCAGUUUGUUGAAAAAUGAUUCAUUGGUUCGAAUGAGCCGCUUCGUUAAAAUGAGCCAUACUUCCAAAAGCUAACAAUCAAUCCUUCCCAUCCCAACAAAAUAAAGAAAUGAAUCUGGCAACUUUAAUGAAAUAAUGCGAUGCGCAACAAAGUCUCAUCAAGUCCAGUCAAAUCUUGGAAUAUUUAGCGUUGUGAUAUUAGAUAUAAAUACGUCUAUUGGUUUUAAUUUCGAAGCACGUAACAGUAGCACGAACCCUCAAAAAAUUUCGAAGUGUCUUUAACCACAUGUUUGGUCGCCAGAGGGCAGCGGAUACUAGUCCACACCGGUAUUUUAGAGCUCGUAGGUCUACACAGACACACUGGAAACACAGUGGGGCACAAUAAACUUUUCUACUGUCACUGUGCACGGCUGUCUCUGUACUACUGUUAGAGAUGACAUCAUAUCAGGUUCUACGGCGCUUGUGUCUGUUUGCAGUCACCAAACCGGUUUACCAUGGUAGAGUAAUCACAGCAUGUGGACUGAGGACUUCCACCAUCAAUCACAGUGACAGACAACCUGAUCCAGUGACAGAUGUGACAUACGAACAGCUCAAAGCUAUGUUGGCCAAUCACAGCGUACAGCUAUUUGACGUCCGGAAUCCAGAUGAAUUCCAGGCUGGCCGAAUUCCUGAUUCCACCAACAUUCCAUUGGGACAGCUUGAGGAGUCACUGAAGCUACCACCACAGCAGUUUGAAGUGCAGUUUAAGGUGAAGGCCCCAAAAAAGGAAGAUGAUAACAUAGUUUUCCAUUGCCGAAGUGGGAAAAGGAGUUUGUCUGCUCUUGAAAUUGCUCAUCGUCUUGGAUUCAUUAAGGCACGGCAUUAUGCAGGUGGAUACAUUGAUUGGGAAGCGCAUGAGAAGUAACAGUAUUGAGCAGUUCAACUCUACUCUAAUCUUAGAUUUGAAAUCAUAUCACUCUAUUAUCAUUAUUAAUCUGAUCUUUUAAUAUGGACUAAACGAAAGAUGUAAAGAUUUGGAAUGACUCAGUGUAUUAAAAUCAUUAAUAAUGUAAUUUUAUAAUGACUCAUAAAUGAUUAUAACCAAUAAAGCAUUGUUAAAUAAACUGCAGUACAGCUGACCAGCAGUGUUAAUCA